UUGAGACAACUAAUUCAUUUUUUAAUUUAUAUUUGCACUUUGGUUUCAUAGUCUCACAUCAUGGCAGCAAAGGCUGUGGCAAAUACUCUGAGAACAUCACUUGGACCCAAUGGCCUUGAUAAAAUGAUGGUGGACAAGGAUGGUGAGGUGACUGUGACAAAUGACGGUGCCACUAUUCUGAGCAUGAUGGAUGUGGAGCAUCAAAUAGCCAAACUUAUGGUAGAAUUGUCUAAAUCGCAGGAUGAUGAGAUUGGGGAUGGAACAACAGGAGUUGUUGUUCUGGCUGGUACUCUGUUGGAGCAGGCUGAACAGAUGUUAGAUCGUGGUAUUCACCCUAUGAGAAUUGCAGAUGGGUAUGAGCAGGCAGCUCGCAUUGCCAUUGAACAUCUAGACAAAAUCAGUGACAGCUUUCCAGUUGAUCCACAGAACACUGAACCUUUAAUCCAGACUGCAAAAACAACUCUGGGCUCUAAAGUAGUUAAUCGUUGCCACAGACAAAUGGCAGAAAUUGCAGUAAAUGCUAUUUUGACAGUAGCCGAUAUGAAACGCAAAGAUGUUGAUUUUGAGCUGAUCAAAGUGCAAGGCAAAGUGGGAGGCAGACUGGAGGAUACCCAGUUGAUCAAAGGAGUGAUUGUGGAUAAAGAUUUUAGCCAUCCACAAAUGCCUAAAGAAGUUAAAGAUGCUAAAAUGGCAAUUCUCACUUGCCCAUUUGAGCCACCUAAGCCUAAAACCAAGCAUAAGCUUGAUGUAACAUCUGUAGAUGAUUACAAAGCACUGCAAAAAUACGAAAAAGAAAAAUUUGAAGAGAUGGUGAAACAGAUUAAAGACACUGGUGCCAACCUUGCUAUUUGCCAGUGGGGUUUUGAUGAUGAGGCAAAUCACUUAUUACUUCAGAAUGAGCUGCCUGCUGUUCGUUGGGUUGGUGGACCUGAAAUUGAACUGAUAGCCAUCGCAACUGGAGGGCGCAUUGUUCCACGUUUCUGUGAACUCACCCCGGAGAAACUAGGUUUUGCUGGUAUUGUUCGAGAGAUCUCAUUUGGAACAACAAAGGAUAAGAUGCUCGUUAUUGAACAGUGUCAAAAUUCCAGAGCUGUGACCAUCUUCAUUAGAGGAGGAAAUAAGAUGAUUAUUGAAGAAGCAAAACGAUCUCUUCACGAUGCAUUGUGUGUAAUCCGAAAUCUUGUUCGUGAUAAUCGCAUUGUAUAUGGAGGUGGUGCUGCUGAGAUCUCUUGUGCUUUGGCAGUCAGCAAAGCAGCAGAUAAGUGCCCAUCUCUGGAACAGUAUGCCAUGAGGGCAUUUGCUGAUGCCCUUGAGGUCAUUCCAAUGGCUCUUGCAGAGAACAGUGGCAUGAACCCUAUACAAACUAUGACUGAAGUGCGAGCUAGACAGGUGAAAGAAAACAACCCUGCUCUUGGCAUAGAUUGUCUGCGCAAAGGAACAAAUGAUAUGAAGCAACAGCAUGUCAUAGAAACCUUGAUUGGCAAAAAGCAACAAAUUUCUUUGGCCACUCAAGUUGUUAGAAUGAUUCUGAAGAUUGAUGAUAUUCGUAGGCCAGGAGAAUCUGAAGAAUGAAGAGUGAGCAGCAAGGAACAAAAUGUAAUGGGGCCACUGUAGGAGCAAAAUCAACAAUGCUUCAUCUUCAGUUAUUUAUUUUUUACAUGUCUUCUUUUCGUUUCAGAUUCUGUAACUUCUCAUUCUUGAAAACAAUAAAGUACAAUUUAGAAGUUGUGGCUUUAA